GUGUCUAAAUAUCUAUAUAUAUAUAUUUUAAAAUUUUGGCCCCACCUACCGUGGUGAGGAGGCUUCUGUUGAGGGGAUGUUCUCGUCUUCAUCCAGAAACUCGUUGUUGUCACCCUGGACGUCCAUGGAGCACUCAGACUCUGAAGCGCUGGACAUCAGCACCAAAGUGCAGCUGCACGGCGUGCUGUGGAAGAGACCCUUUGGACGGCCAUCAGCCAAGUGGUCCCGCAGAUUCUUCAUCAUCAAAGACAGCUUCUUGCUCUACUAUGCAGAGAAUGAGAAGAGAAACUUUGAGACUAACAGGCACUUCAAUAUCCAUCCCAAGGGAGUGAUUCCUCUAGGAGGAUGUGUGGUGUCAACCAAUGAGGACGUGGGGAUGCCUUUUGCCAUUGUGGUCAACCUUGAAGAUUUCACAGGAACCAUAGUCCUGGCUGCUGAGUCUGAGGAGGAGCAGGUCCAAUGGAUGGACAUGCUCCAGGAGUCAGGAAAAGUCACGUGGAAGAAUUCCCAGCUCGGGGAGGCCAUGAUUGAGAGUCUGGAGGCUCAGGGACUGCAGCUGGCCAAGGAGAAGCAGGAAUACCUGGAUAAACUUAUGGAAGAGACAGAAGAGCUAAGUCAUCAAAGAGCACAGCGGGAGGAGCUGGAGCGUCUCAACCAGAUCCUGGAAGAGGAGAAAAGGAAGUUUGAGGAGGUGGUUGUGGAGCUGAAAGCAGAGCAGGAGCAGAUCAAACUAGAUCUGGAUGGUACAACUCAGUCCCUGAAAAGUGUUGACCGGGAAAAAGAAGAGCUGAGUUGCUUGACGGUCACGCUUCAGAAGUCCAUAGAGGAGCUCUCCCAGGAGAAACAGCGAAGACUUCUGCAGCUGGGGGUGAAGGAGCAGGAGGAGAAGGAGGAGGACGAGCAGAGCUUGGACUCCACAUGCAAAGAAUCUGUGGACGGAGAGGAGCUCCGAGACCCGGAGGUGCUGCAGGACCUGCGGCACAUCGAGGAGCAAAUGAAGAUCCUGCUGAAGGAGAAGGAGCAGGCAGAUGAGCAGCUCCUUGAGAACGAGCAGCGCUCCAAACUCCUGCAGCAGGAGAAGGAGUACUUCUCCACUCAGGCCCAGACGCUGCAGCAGUCGCUGUCUCAGCUCACGGUGGACAAGCAGCAGACCGAGGCCGAGCUCAAGGCGGAGAUCCAGUCCCGCAUGGAGCUGGAGCAGAGGCUGAAGCAGGCGGAAGAGGCUCUGCAGGACCUGGAGAAGGGCCUGAACUCACUGGAGCGGACCAAGGAGAGAGAUGAGAAGAUGAAAGGGGACGUGACUCAGCUGAGAAAGUUCUUUGAGGAGUGCAUCUGUGCUGCGGAGAUUGAGGCGAAGCUCCCGGCCAUAAUGAAGAAUGCCGUCUACCUGCACAAAGCUGCUGCACGCAGAAUUAAGAGCUGCCGCGUCCAAAGGAGAGCCUCCAGGCGCCACUGGUUGACACACUCCAAGUCGUUUGCUGUGGCCAACCCCGACGACGGCAGCAUGGAGGAACUGCGGGCGACGGCUCGACGGCUGACCUCUGACAGCAGCUUUAGGGAGAGCGUGUACAAGAUCGUCGUUCGCAAGGAAGCCGCGAACACCAUGACGGACUGAACGGAUGAAGAUAAAAACAUCAGAAAUGGUCCUUUAGCUUUUUCUCAAUCAGCAAAGAAAUGUGGAUCCUGAUCCAAAACCUACCAUUAAAGUACUCCUCUUGGAAUCGCACACAAACCCUCUUUGAUGAAAAAAAACUCAGCUCAGUAUAAGAGUAAAGAAUUCAGACAAAAUGAUGUUAAAUGAAGUAAGGUCAUAUAAAUUGCUUCAAAAAGGGGUUUCCCCUCACAGAUUUCUUUCUUUUUUUGUUUUUUUUUGUUAUACUUAAAUGGUUUAGUUUGCAUAAAAACAUUAUAUUGACAAAGAUGACUUGGGGAAAUGCAAGAAACAAACAAAAAGCAACUGUUUUCUCAUCAUGAUCUUAUUUAUUUAGGGGAAAAAAGUCUCUCAAACCAAUCUGACUCCAGGUGAAAAAGAAAUUAUUUCCCCAUAAAUCUAAGAACUGAGCAUUUGUGAGCUGGCAAUGAGAGUUUUCCAUCAACGUGGAGGAAUCUUUUCUGCUGAGUUUUUUAAAUUCAGUCACUCUUCUUGAUCUUGAACAGCCUCUGAGUGGGAUUUAAGCCCGUACUUUGACUAGGCCGCUUCAAAAGCACCAUCUUCUUUAUUUGAGCCAUUCAGAAAGUAGAGUUACCGGUUCGGAUCACAGUCCUGCUGCAUUAACCACCUUCAUGUUGUCAGACAGGUUCUAUUUAAAGGGGCCAUAUCAUGCUUUUCAGUUCUUCCUUUUCACGUUGACAUCAUUCAAUUCAUUCCCCCUUU